UGCCUUUUACGUAUCGUGGAGCUCUUUGCUCUCCUUUUGGGCUGAAAGGUGAUCGUUUCUUUAGGCUUUUAUCCAGCGACAGAGGAGCACCGAAACAACCCAGAGACUGCAGCCUGUAACUCUCCUCCUCCCUCGUUUAAUUUACAGGCCAGCAUGUGUUAGAGGAAUUUGGGGCGGGGAGGAGGAGACCAACGAGUGCCACCGACCCCCGGUUUUCUCCGGCACUGUUUUUGCGCACAGCGAUGGAAGCGCUGCGCUGCGAGCGGCGCGGUCAGACGCGGCUUUGCCUCCUCUUUUUCGUCCUCCUGCUGGGAUUCUUCGCGUCCGCAUCGGCGGUCUGGGACCUGGUUCUUCUCCACACCAACGACGUGCACGCCCGGGUGGAGGAGACCAGCGUGCACUCCGGGAAAUGUGGCAGAAACGAAAAGUGCUUUGCCGGCGUCGCCCGGAGAGCCGCGGAGAUCCAGAGGAUCCGCAGCACCGAGAGGAACGUGCUCCUCCUGGACGCCGGAGACCAGUUUCAGGGCACCGUGUGGUUCAAUUACUACAAGGGAGCCGAGGCAGCACACUUCAUGAACAAGCUGCGCUACGAUGCCAUGGUUUUUGGAAACCACGAGUUUGAUAAUGGAGUGAAAGGACUCAUGAGACCGUUCCUGGAGCAGAUCAAGUGUCCCAUUCUCAGCGCUAACAUCAAAGCAGACCACACUCUGAACUCAACGUUCGGCAUUACGUACUUACCUUAUAAGAUAUUUACUAUUGGUGCGCAGAAGGUGGGCGUGGUGGGGUACACCUCACGGGAAACAUCGGCUCUCUCCAGACCAGGACCUCACCUGCAGUUCCUGGACGAGGUGACUGCCCUUCAGGAGCAGGUGAACAAACUUCACACUCUGGGGAUCAGUAAGAUCAUCGCUCUGGGCCACUCGGGCUUCACUGUGGAUCAGCAGAUCGCCAGGAAGGUCCGCGGGGUCGACGUCGUCAUCGGCGGACACACCAAUACCUUCCUCUAUACAGGAAUCCCUCCUUCUACUGAAAUCCCCGCCGGUUCUUAUCCCUUCAUGGUGACCUCAGAGGAUGGGCGGCAGGUUCCUGUGGUGCAGGCCUACGCUUUUGGAAAAUAUCUGGGUUACCUGAAGGUCACCUUUGAUGAUGCUGGGAAUGUGGUGAAGUCAGCUGGAAACCCCAUCCUGCUGGAUAGCAGCAUCACACAGGAUCCAGAGGUGCUGGCUGAUGUGGAGGAAUGGAAGAAGAAUCUGGCCAACUACUCGGCUCAGGUGGUGGGACAGACUCUGGUCUUCCUGAACGGGUCGACUCAGGAUUGCCGCUUUCAGGAAUGCAACCUGGGAAACCUCAUCUGCGACGCCAUGCUCAACAAUUACAUCAGGUUCCCAGAUGAUGUCCAGUGGAACCACGUCAGUGCCUGCAUCAUCAAUGGAGGAGGCAUUCGGACAUCUAUCGAUGAACGCACCAGGAACGGUUCAAUCACAAUGGAGGACCUGAUCUCCGUCUUACCCUUCGGGGGAACCUUCGACCUGGUGGAGCUGAAAGGCUCCACGCUGAGGAAAGCUUUCGAACACUCGGUCAAACGACACGGCCUGAGCACCGGAGAGUUCCUACAAGUGUCUGGAUUUCAUGUAGAAUUCGACCUCUCCAAACCUCCACAUCAUCGCAUCAGGAGCCUCAGCAUCCUCUGCACAAAAUGCCGUGUUCCUCACUUCGAACCGGUCCAGGAUGAGACGGUUUACAGGGUUGUGCUGCCGUCCUACCUGGUGAGAGGUGGAGACGGGUUCUCGAUGAUCAGAGAUGAGAUCCUCAAACACAACAGCGGAGAUUUGGACAUUUCAGUCGUGGCAAAUUACAUCGCCCAAAGAAAGCGAGUUUAUCCGUCUGUCGAAGGACGAAUCAAGAUCUACAACUCAGCCUCUGGGCUUCAGGAGCAAACGGCUUCCCUGAUUUUUAUGGUUUCACUGGUACUUCUCUGGAGUUUAUGUGGGAAUGUGUAACUGCCAAACGGAUAUUAAUAUAUCUUUUAUUUUUUACUGUUUUUUUAAUGGCUGUAUGACCAUAAAGAAUUAAAAUAACACCCAGAUUUAGUCCUGCAAGACUGAAACUCUUGCUUCAUAAAACACUGAAACAAUUAAAGAAGCUCUGUCAGCAUCUUUGAGCUCCAUCUGGAACCAGUUUGGACAGAAAAAGCAGCCAAAAGCUGAAACGAGAGGAAAACGAAAUACUGCAGUUUCUCCAUUAACCACUCGAAGCUUAAAAUGCUGUUCAGAAGAAAACGUUAGAAAUGCCCUUCGUGUGUAGCUGCAGUUCUUAUCUUCUGAGAAAGUGUAAAAAGAAUCCAGCGCCUCCCAGGCUCCACAUCCCUCCUGUUUGAUGGAUUUAAGCUGCACUGAGGUCCUUCAACUUUAAAUGUUAGCCAGAUAACUGCUUGUUGUGGCAGAUGCACAUUUGGGCAGUGAAAGGUGUUUCUGCGGUUUCCUAAUAAACGUCUGGUAAAAACUGAGUGUUGCUGUGAUUUUUUUCCCUUUUAGCUGGUGGACAGCAGUGCAGUCUCUCACCUUUGACCUGUCCUUCCACCUCAGACCCUCAGCUGCACUUUAAUGCAGACAAAGUCAUUAAAGCAGAACAGCAACAUUCAGAUGCUCUAAAGAGCUCAUUUCCAUCAUGUGGGAGUAAAGCGGAGGCCUUCCUGGCUGCCAGUUUACUUUGUUUUCCGAUCCUGGCUGCGAUCCCUUUCAUUUCUCUGUUGCUUCAACUUCCAGAAAAUUUUCUUUGGAAGCCAAAUUUUCACAUUAGUAGGAAAUUAUUUUAGGACGAUGACCGCAGAGAGUAAAAGAAACAAAGCGGCUCUUUUAAAGUAUUAUUAUAGGUAUUUAAUGACCAAAACACGGCCUCGAAUUUAAAUAUGUGGAGUAGCAAACAGUUGUAGGUCUGACUGUGGGUGUUGCGUGUCAUGCAGCUUUAUUUGAUGCUUCCUGCAGAAGUGCUGCAGCUGCUGCUGAUGAGUCCACUCAUCUGAAACCUGAAGUUUACAGAUCCUUAAAGAGCUCAGCGACGGCUCCUCACUGCAGUGAUUUAGGCUGUUUGCAUGAAGGGCAGCAAAUUUAAGACUCAUCCGUCCAGUUAUACUCACAUUUAUUUCUGCACAUAAAUAAACAAAAAUGUUUGUAAAGCUUUAGAAAAUGUUGCAGUGAACACUGCUCUGAACCUGUCAAUUCUUAAAUGCAGCCUGAGGAAAGACCUUUGCUUUUUAUUGGCACUCAUGCAACAUGUUUCAGUGACUUUAUCUCAUAUGUGCUAAUAAACCAGCUGGUUAAUGUAACCUAUGAAUAACACAGCUGUAAAGAAACUGCACAUAUUUCCCCGCAUAACAAAAACUUUACAGAAACCGGGCAGAGAAAAGCUCAAGAGCAUGAAAACAAGGAAAUGUAUGUUUGGCUAAUUAUUCCUUUGUAACGAUGCUUCUU